UCAGCCUUCGUUAAAAUGAUCUCUGAAAAAUUAGUACAAGAAGAAUCAAAGAAAAUGAGAGAAACAGACGCAGAAAACGAUCAACAAACAACGUGUACGUGUACGUGCAUGGAUAUGCUCCAUAAGAUUGCGAACUUGGUGUUGGGAGAGAACCAUGAGGCUAAGAAGACAAAGGUUAAAGGGAAAGUGGUGCUGGUGAAGAAGAACUUGCUCGAUUUCAAUGACUUGGGUGCGUCGAUUCUUGAUCGAGCUCAUGAGUUGUUUGGCCAGCGUAUCUCUAUCCAAUUCAUAAGUGCAACUCAUGCUGAUCGCAGAUCUUCAGAUAAGAGCUUGAGAGGGAAGCUUGGAAAACCAGCAAUCUUAGAGGACUGGAUUAGCACCAUUACCCCAUUGGAGGUGGGAGAAUCGACGUACGAGGUCAUAUUUGAAUGGGAUGAAGAGAUAGGAUUACCAGGGGCGUUUCUGGUAAAAAAUCUUCACCAUAGUGAAUUUUAUCUUAAGACACUCACUCUUGAAGAUGUUCCUGGUCAUGGUCAAGUCCAUUUUGUUUGUAACUCAUGGGUUUACCCUGCCGAACGCUACACGAAAGAUCGCAUAUUCUUCACUAAUAAGGCAUAUCUUCCUGGUGAAACACCUGAAUUGCUACGUCCUUACAGAGAGGAAGAGAUGGUAAUCUUGAGAGGAAAUGGGACUGGGGAGCUUAAAGAAUGGGACAGGGUUUAUGAUUAUGCCUUGUACAAUGACUUGGGAGAUCCAGACGACGAAGAGAAAAUUCGCCCAGUUAUUGGAGGGUCCUCUGAGUACCCUUACCCUCGUAGGGGUAGAACGGGCAGAGCACCAACCAGAUCAGAUCCUAAAACAGAGAGCAGGCUUUCACUUAUUAAAAGCUUAAAGGUAUAUGUUCCAAGAGAUGAGCGGUUCGGACACUUGAAGAAGUCUGAUUUCCUGGCUUAUGGAUUAGAAUCCAUCCUUAAAGUCCUUCUUCCUGAGUUUGAGGCUCUAGCUGAUGAUACCCUAGAUGAAUUUGACUCGUUAGAAGAUGUCUUGAAGCUUUACGAUGGCGGAAUCAAGCUUCCUGAAGGCCCUUUACUUGAUAAUCUUCUAGAAAAAAUCCGUUUUCAAAUGUUGAAAGAACUUGUUCGAUCAGACGGCGAGGGACUUGCAAAAUACUCAACACCACAAGUCAUUGAAGCCGAAAUAUCUGCUUGGAACACCGAUGAAGAAUUUGCAAGAGAAAUGCUGGCUGGAGUCAAUCCUGUUUCAAUUCAACUUCUGAAAGAUUUCCCUCCAACAAGCAAGCUCGAUACUGAAGUCUAUGGCAACCAAAAUAGUUCAAUAAGAUCACAUCACAUAGUGGAACAUCUAGAUGGUUUAGAAGUAGAGAAGGUACUAGAAGCCAACAGGCUAUUUAUAUUGGAUCAUCAUGACUCACUAAUGCCAUACGUGAAGCGAAUAAAUGCAACUUCGACCAAGAUUUAUGCUACACGAACUUUGCUCUUGUUACAAAAAGAUGGAACUUUGAAACCAAUAGCCAUUGAGUUAAGCUUGCCUCAUCCAGACGAUGAGAAGCUUGGUGCCAUUAACGAAGUAUACACCCCAGCUAAAGAUGGAGUGGAAGCCGCAACUUGGCAGUUGGCUAAAACAUAUGUAGCCGUGAACGAUUCUGGAGUUCAUCAACUCAUCAGUCACUGGUUGAAUACACAUGCUGUUAUCGAGCCAUUUGUGAUAGCGACAAAUAGGCAACUAAGUGUGCUCCAUCCAAUCAACAAGCUUCUCCACCCUCAUUUCCGUGAUACAAUGAACAUCAAUGCAGCUGCUAGGAAUAUCUUGAUCAAUAGCAAAGGUGUUCUUGAGAGAACCUUCUUUCCUGGGAAAUAUUCAAUUGAAAUGUCUUCAAAGAUAUACAAGAAUUGGGUGUUUCCCAACCAAGCUCUCCCAGUGGACCUUGUACUGAGGGGAAUGGCAGUCGAGGACCCAAAUGCUCCUCAUGGUCUUCGCUUACUGAUCGAAGAUUAUCCAUUCGCUGUAGAUGGGCUUGAGAUAUGGUCAGCCAUUAAAACAUGGGUUGAGGAGUACUGUAAGUUUUAUUACAGAAACGACAAUAUGGUGGAAAACGAUGCUGAACUUCAAUCCUGGUGGACGGAACUUCGAGAGGAAGGACAUGGUGACUUGAAAGACGAGCCAUGGUGGCCCAAAAUGAGUUCCGUUCAAGAUGUGAUCGACACUUGCACCAUAAUCAUAUGGGUGUCUUCUGCUCUUCAUGCAGCUGUAAACUUUGGGCAAUACCCUUAUGCUGGUUAUCCUCCAAAUCGUCCAACUCUAAGCCGUAGACUUAUGCCCAAGACUUCUGAGUACGACGAACUAAUGAAGGACCCUAAGAAAUUCUUUUUGAAAACCAUUACUCCUCAACUGCAGUCACUUCUCAGUGUUUCUUUGAUAGAGAUACUGUCGAGGCAUACCUCAGAUGAGAUCUACCUGGGCCAAAGAGAGUGUCCUGAGUGGACCAUGGAUGCAGAACCGUUGCACGCGUUUGAGAAAUUUGGCAAGAAGUUGAAAGAAAUUGAAAAAAGAAUAAAGGAUUUGAAUGAAGAUCACGAGAGGCUAAAGAAUAGGUUUGGACCUGUAAAGAUGCCAUACACCCUACUCCACCCUAGUAGUCAAGAGGGACUUACGGGAAUGGGCAUACCUAACAGUGUCUCGAUAUGAAACAUCUUAAUUUACCUAAUACUGUAUUUAUACUUUUGUGUUGGCAUUUCAACUACUAUUAGUUUCAAACCUUAUGCAACAUAUUUAGCAUUCUUUUUCCAUUUGGAGUGUUAUAAUUUAAUUAUUGUUCGUAUAUCUU